AUGUCCAAAGUAGUUUGCAAGACCAAACGCAUUGGUGGUGGAUUUGGGGGGAAGGAAACAAGGGCAGUUGUGUAUGUUGCGGCAGCAUCUGUCCCUUCAUUUUUGUUGAAUCAGCCCGUGAAGUUGACACUAGACAGGGAUACAGACAUGAUGAUUACAGGGCAGCAGCAUAACUUUCUCGGAAAGUAUAAGGGAAAGGUUUGUUUCACAAACUUUCCUAGUAAUACUGCUUUCCGUGGAUUUGGUGGUCCUCAAGGCAUGCUUAUUACUGAAAAUUGGAUUCAAAGAAUUGCUGUUGAACUCAAGAAAACCCCAGAAGAGAUAAGGGAUCAACUUAAGACAUCUUGUGACUUUGCUAAUGCUCGCAAAGAAGUCGAACAGUUUAACAGCCAAAAUCGGUGGAAGAAGCAUGGUGUAGCUAUGGUUCCUACAAAGUUUGGCAUAUCAUUUACACUAAAGCUAAUGAACCAGGCAGGUGCUCUGGUUCAUGUCUAUACUGAUGGGACAAUUUUAGUUACGCAUGGAGGUGUUGAAAUGGGCCAAGGAUUGCAUACAAAAGUUGCACAGAUUGUGAGGUUAAAUGAUGAUGAUAAUCAAGUGUUUCCUCCUAUUAGUUCCUCUUCUGUUAUUAUUGUAAGACCAGAUAAUUCUCUCUCGGGGAAUAAUUCAAGGGUUGCAUCUAUUAACUCAAAUGGCAGCAAUAAAGACACUGGUUUGAUUGAUCUACCUGAUAUUGAAAUUCUUGCCCCUUCUGCUCAUGUUCAGAGAAUCAUCCAUCUAGCAAUUGAACCUGCAAAUGUUACUAAAAAUUUGAAGGAUGAUCAGUGGAUUGUAGCCAUGCAAGAAAAUUUACUUCAAUUCUAA